AAGAGGAAGUGACAUCAAACAAAGGGCGGCUUUGGCUUUAAAAGGAAUCCUUUCUUUCCUACCACUCAGUCAUCGCAAAACUUCUGUGAAGAGGGGUUGGUAGAAAUGACCUGGUGGGAGGCAGCGAGUGGGAGGCAGGAGGUUGAUGUCAGACAUGGGUGCUCAGGGCCCAACCGCCGCCAUCCCACUGCCACCUGUCACCCCUCCAGAUCCCAGACCACGACGCCAUCCACACCCUUAGCAAUUUUCCUGGCGGUGACACAGCCAAUGGGGGCACGAAGCAGACUGCUGAGGGUGGGACCUGCUGGCCCCAAGGAGAGAGAAGGCAAAGACCCCGAGGGGAAGGGGUGGCCCUCACAGCAAAGCCAUUGGCCAGAAGGUGGCAAUGUGCCCCCCCCAGCUAGGACCGUGCUUUGCCCAUCUCUGCUGCCCUUCCUGCCCGAAUCCCCCCACAGCACGGCUGUGCUGACAGGUGUUUGUGAGGGGCAGCUGCUGGCCUUUCGGCAUGACUGCUGCCCCAUGUGCGUGGUGGGACGCUGCAGGCUGAGCACGUGGUGCGCAGAAAGCACCCGAGCAUCUCCCAGCACUGACAAACGCUGCUUUUCCUCCUCAAGAAACUCCUCGCGCCUCCAGAAGCCGCACAGAUUUCCCCCCGAUGUCCCCCUCCAGGCACAAGGCAUUUCUCCAUUCAUCAAGGUUGAAAAAAGGGGAUUUACAGAGAGAAAAAUUUCACGACACCAGAAUCUUCGGGGCUGGAGUGAAAGGCCCAUUUGGGCUCACAGGAGGGAGAAGUGUGGACACUGCAUCUGGUUCUGGCCAAGAGCAUUGGCAGAGAACGGCAGCGGAGUGUCCUGGGACAGAAUCCACCACUGCCGGCUGCUGGCUGGGCUCGUGCCCGACCAGGUCCAGAUAUGCCGCAGGAACCUGGAGGUCAUGCACAGCAUCGUUCAGGCUGCCAGCGAGACCAAGAGCAUCUGCCAAAAGACCUUUUCAGGCAUGAGGUGGAAUUGCUCCUCCAUCCAGCGUGCUCCCAGCUUUGGUCCUGACCUGCUGAAAGGGACCAGGGAAUCUGCCUUUGUCCACGCGCUCUCCGCCGCCGCCAUUGCACACUCCAUUGCCCAAGCCUGUGCUUCAGGGUCACUCCCGCUCUGCUCCUGCGGCUCUGUCCCCUCUGAGCUCCCCGGGCCGGACUUCAGAUGGGGUGGCUGCGGGGACAACCUGCACUACGGCCUCCAGCUCGGUGCUGCUUUUGCUGACAGCCCCCUAAAAUCCAGCAUGCUGGGGUUGCAGGCUCUGAGGGCCAUGAAUUGGCAUAACAACGUGGCAGGAAGGCAGGUGCUGAGUGAGUCCCUGGAUACCAAGUGCAAAUGCCACGGUGUUUCAGGCUCCUGUUCGGUGAAGACCUGUUGGAAGGCACUGCCGAGCCUGGGUGAAAUUGCCUCCGAGCUCAAAUCCAAAUACCUGGCAGCCAUCAGGGUGAGCCACCGCCUCGUGGGGCACAGGAAGCAGCUGAAGCCCACAGAAACAGACAUCAGGGUGAUGAGAGACACGGACCUGGUUUAUCUGAUUAACUCCCCCGACUACUGCACGCCCAAUGUCCACCUGGGGUCUGUGGGGACACAGGAUAGGCAGUGCAGCAAGACGUCUGCAGGCAGUGAUGGCUGCGACCUGCUAUGCUGUGGCCGUGGCUACAACGCUUACAUGGAGGAGGUGGUGGAGAGGUGUCACUGCAAGUACCGCUGGUGCUGCUACGUGGUGUGCAAGAGGUGCCGGCGGCUGGAGGAGAGGUAUGUCUGUAAGUAGUGUGGGGCGUCACAGCAGGCAGCAGGACUUGCGUUGAGUCCUCCAGUGUGCAGCUGGAGAACGGGCACCAUCUGCAAGCAGUGCUCUGAAGGGGAUUAUGCUGCAAGCCUGGACUCUGGAACUACAACAGAAGACCUCAAACUGGGUGAUGAUGGGAAGCCUCAAACCAGAGGACGACCUCUGUCCUGUCUCACCAGAGUGAGACAAAGGGCUGCCCUCCUGCAGUGGAUCAGCAUCUGGCCCUCUGUCUCCAGCUGGGGACAACCAUUUAUCACUCGGCCCCGUUCUCCAGGGGUGAAUGGGGACUUUGCACUGCCAUUGUCCUUUUGCAGGAGGCUUUUGACAGUGGCCUGAAAGCCAGGAGUGAUGGAUGGGAAGACGUGUAAAGAGUUGUUCACUGGGGAGAAGGCUGCAGGAAAGAAAACUGCUGAGGUUGAGGGGUCCUGAUAGACCCUCUGGAGCCAGGUUUCUGCUGUGGGCUCACCCAGCACCACUGAAUGUUGCUCCUCACAGGCAAACACUGUUCCAGAGCUCUUUGCAGUGUCUGAAAUAAAGAGCAGAGGCAGAGUCAGUUACGGCUCCAGGAGACAGAACUCGUUGCUUUCCUCCAUGACCCGCAUGGAGAUGGCUGCAGGUCUCACAGUUACAAGACUUCAGCUGUGGCUGAUGGAAGUUGCUCCUUCCACCCUCUGACCCCAGGUGUGCUGACACUGGCCUGGGGAGAGGACGGGACUCCAGGGUCCUGAAGAAAUAAGCAUGACUCUUCAGACUGAUUGUAAGUGGGAUUCAGGUGUGUGUUGCUUAAAUAAAUGUACCAUACUGUGCCUCUGUGACAGACCCACGUGUCACCUCCUCCCACCACUCCCUUGGCAUUCAGCUGGCUCCAGAGAGAAGGCUGGAAGGAGAGUGUGAAGCACAGUGCGUAAGGUUCCGGUAGCUGGAAACAGAGGCAGCUGGGGCUCAUUUUCUGAUCUGCAUGUAUGUGGGUUGGAACACAGUGUGUAUCAAGGAUAGGGUCCUGAUUCACCUCAUCCUUCCCUCAGUUGCCAUGACUGCUUUUAGCAGGAGAAUCGGAGAAGCGCUUGCAUAGAAUGAGAUUCCAGGUCGUGCAGCCUUGGGAGAGAAGGGAUGAACUUAAACGUGUGUGUGCUGAGGAGAACCCACAGCACGAGGUGUGCAGGUAGAUGUGCCUGAGAUCCCAGGAUGGCUUCCUGCAGCUCCCACCACGACCUAGAGGCUCUGGCAGCCUUGCGUGCGCCUUGUGUAAUUUGUGGUUUGCAUUGAAUGGAGCUGGUUGUGCUCAGCCCCGAGUCCAGCUGUAAGAUUACUCAUUUCCAUAUUCAUUCAAUCAUUUUAACAGCCUCAGCUGGGUCACAGAAUCAAUUCACAUGCUUUUGUUGUAAACUAUCCCCUCCAUUUAAUGUGCUCCAGGUUUCUCUAAUAACAAUGAGUAAGAGCUGAGAGUCCAAGGUGGCUCGAAACAAGGCUGGGAGCUGGAAGCCCAAAUCCUCAGGGGUGAACCAUAUGCACACUUGGCUAACCAAGUGAGUUAGCCAUCAUUAUCAGUUGUUGUGCAGCACUGACUCGGUCUGGCUGCUGACAUACAGCCUUCCCAGAGCCACAGGAAGGCCACAGCUGAGAGGCUUCCGCUGCAGCUGCAAGGGCAGAGGAGCUAUCUCCUGUUUGUCUUUUAAAAUACAAUUAGGAGUUAGUCACCAGCAUUCCUCAGAAAGAGGGGCUUCAGCUGCAACCGAGGACCUGAGUACAGAGGUGAUGCAGGUACUUAAUUAGGAGGACUGCUUAAAUACCUUCCCCAUAGCCACCCCCACACCGCAAGAUCACAGAGAGGUGAAACCGGGAGGGGCUGUGAACUCUUCAGAGCAUUGCGAAACGAGCUGGGGAGAAAAAAAGAGGGGAAGGAUACUGUGAAGGGAGAGAUUCCACCAGGAGGGUGGGAAAUGUGAUUUGCAUUUGGUAACUGCAAACACACAUUGCCUGCGGUGGAGGAGAGGAGCCACAAUAGCUAGGAGCGCCCUGGGGAGAUGUCCUGAUUCCCCUCCUAGAGCGGUCCUGUUUGAAUUUCUGCCUGGGAAAAGGCAGGAUCAAGGGCGGAAUAUGCAGGGCCCUCUCCUCCUCUUGCUGCUUGCAUUCUCGCUGCAGGCCCAGCAGGGAAGGGCUGGAGGGGCGGUCGGCAGUGGGAUGCUGGGUUCCAUCUGUGUCCUGCGGGAGAUGGGGAAGUGCUGUAAUUAGCUGAAGGGUGCAAAGGGGUCAGGCUGGCAGGAGGGGCUGCGGUGGGGUGGUGGCAGUUUGCUGACAAUGUUUAGAAUGGGAAGUGCUGCAAUCUGAGUUUGCAGCUGGAAUUUCCAGUCUUGUGAGAUCUGCUAGGCUGGAGGAGUCUCCUCAGGACUGGGACUCAGAGCAAAACCCAGCAAGAGAUGCAGAGGGAAUAAACUAUCUGCUUGGCUCCAAGGUCUGCUGGGUGGAUUUUCUCUCGCUAGCCCUGCCAGGGCAGGAAAGCCAGCAGAAGGCUGCUAAGGGCACACAGAGCCCUGUUUCCCCAGGCCAGCGCAGGCACCCUCCAAGGUAGUAAAAGAUAGGAAAACUUGGACCCUGACAUCACCCUCAGGUGUCUUCCAGCACCCAUCAGUGAGAGGCUGCCAGAGAAAACGUGCAGGAGGGCUUUACCUGAGCUGCCUACAAUUUCACUUCCAUCGCAAAUGCCUCAAGGUGUGGAAGGUGCCUUUUCAUGACCUGAAUUAGCUGGACAACAAGUGGCAGCAGUGUCCCUGAUGCUCUGUAAGGAUUAUGGAGCCCUUCAGGCACAUCCUCCCUUAUUUCUUUUGCCCCAUUUUCGCAAUCAGUCCUCUCUACAUCGUGGCAGGCUGCCGUCAUUACCCUCUGCUUCACAACCCCUCAUUGGGCUCAACGCUAAUGUGACAGAUGUACCUCUUUGACUUCUCUGUCAUUACCCAUUUUCCCCAUGUCUUUUUGUGGCUUUUUUUUAUCUGUCUCUGGAAACGAGACUCCCGGAGUUGAAUGGUCAUGGCAGCAGCUCUUCACUUUGCAUUGCUGUAAACCAACAUGGGGGAGAUGGCUCUGAAUGGAGUUCGUGCACAGAAGAAAACCAUCCUUCUGCAAGCAAUUUGAUGAGAAUCAGGCAAAGGGUUUGCUCCGAAAAGCCUCCUCUCUGUUAUUGCUUGGCUUUUGUGUUUGAAAAGAGUAAAACAGGUGUAAACAUGACUGUUCCCUGCUGGUUAAGGAUGCUGCUUAACUAAUUCUAGGAGGACGUUCCAAGCAAGGGUAAUAAGCUGUUGGUAAAUAAGUAAAAUCUAUGGGGGAAGAAUGGCACUGCCUUCAAGGACAAGUGGGGAUAUUUCUUCCCUACAGCCCCAGAAUGCAACGCUGAGAGGAGAGUGCUUGAAGAUUCCAUCUGCACCAGCACAGCUCCUUCCUCCUGCUGACCCCAUGGAUGGCUGAGCCAGAACAAGGGGAAGGCACAACUGAGGUCACUGUUUGGGGCUCAGCUUUUGAUCAGUGCCUGUUCUGUUGUAAGGAUCUGGGGAAUGUUACCUUGACCUUUGGUGUUUACAGUAUCACACCACCAGAUACAAACAUGAGCAACGACUUGUAUUUAAGGAAAAA